AUGUUCGGCGCGCAGGCUCGUUCUAAUAAGGCGGCAGUCCUCUUUGUCGGGGCUGUCGUCUUCAUGGCCGUCUUCGUCGGCCUCGUCUACAACCACCUCGACUACUGGUCCGCCCCUGCUAAGACUGCCGCACCCAAUGUGCCCGCCGUUGUAGUCGAUGACGAAAAGAGCAAGACACCCGCGCCCCCGGCACCCGAGUCCGAGUCUAACGCGGAGGCUCCCGCCAUUCCCGAAGAGAGUUCCAUCACCAACGCUCAGCUCCGCCAGACGUAUCUGAAGGACAUUUACAGCCCCAGCAUCAAGCCCGAUGCCAAGAAGUACAAGCCAUGGGGUGCUUUCGAAUGGGAGCUUCCAGGCGAGGCUUUCUACAAGGAAGGCCUCGGCGAGGACCUGUGCAUCAUCGAUCUCGAUAGCCGUGGCUUCCUCGAGCCCGGUCAGGUCUUCCACGGUGAUCAGCUGAUGAGCUGGGACAAUGCCGACAAGCUGCACGGUCUUUCCACUGGGAUUCUCAACCACUGGGUCUAUGCCAAAAUACACGGAUACAAGUACUACUACAUCGAAAUUGACCAGUUCGAGGACCGUCGCGACUCCUGGAAGAAACCCCCCAUCAUGGCCGAGAUCCUCAAGGACCACAAGACGUGCAUCUACAUGGACUCUGACGCCAUCUUCCACCACAUGGACCUUCCCUUUGAGUGGCUCAUGAACUAUUGGCAGAUCAACCCUCAGAACAACUCCAUGGCUCUCGCUUUCGACCCUGUUUCCGAGAAGAACACGGACAGGUUCGGCCAGGUGUACGUGAACACCGGCUUCAUCGUCGUGCAAAACAACGAGAAGACCUUUGAGAUUAUGACCGAGUGGGAGGACUGCGCCAACGACGGCGGCAAGCACCCCGAAUGCACCGAGUUCCGCACCAACGGCCCCGGCCACCCGACCGACCAGGGUGGCUUCGGAACCUACACCCGCUACGACUUUGAGGACGACAUCAAGCAGCUCCCCUGCACGGAGGCCAAUGGCUUCCUCGAGUCGCACUCGGGCUGCGCCGGCAUCUUCAUCAAGCAUCUUUGGACCGGCAAAAAAGAUUGGAUCAAGAUCACGAUUGGCGAGCAGCUCCCCGGCCGAUACCUCGAGGCCUUUCACGAGGGCUUCCUUGCUGAGAAGGAGUCUUACUACUUCACUGAGAAGGAGCUCUUUGACGGCAAGACACACCCCCAGGUGGCGGCGACACCCUGA